GUUGCAUCGUUAUCGGCGUCAAAUAGAUCGUCAAGAUGUGGCGCCACAGUUUCCGCGGGCUUCUCCAACGCUCCUGUACGUAAAUAAAGUACGACUAUCAGCCCGAUCGCCAGAGUCGAGUUUUCUGCCUAUAAAAUUGCUUGCGUCUACCAGUUCUGCACCUUGACGCCAUGGUGUGCGUGUGAUUGUGUGGUAGUGAGUUAGCCCAUGCGCGUGUGUGCAGCUGCGCUGUGGUCAUUCGACCGAUUCAACGUGAAGUAUUCGAGUGUUCUCCUUUCCUUUAUGGAUAAUGAAAAUCGGCGAGCUCGGAACAAGCGCCGUAUCUGUUCUCGACGCUUUCAUGAAAUUCUAUCACUCGUAAUAAAGCAAUAUUUACGUGAUAUUUGACAAGAAUUUAGCUUCCCGUUCUCUUUUGAACCCAUUUUUACAAUUCUCACGGGUACUGGUUAAAUUCGACGCCAAGUUUACAUUUCCAGAUAUUUUUCCUUUUUAUCAAGGACACUAGACCUCGGUUGCUCCUCCGCUCUGCAUAAGUAGCAGCUGGAGAGGACGAUUAUAUAUUUCCAAUUAAUGUGAAUUUGUUUGGGGCAUCUGCUCCCACUCCACCUCUACUUGUUUCUUAUUUUCGAGCAAGCGAGGGGACCCUGCAAGGACACUCAUAUGUAAUUUAAUACGCGACUAGGAACGUUCGUUCUGCAUUAGUCUUGCGAACUUGCAGUAUGCUCAACAAGACCUGCAGUUCUUGGCUAUUAUGGCAGCAGGAGAUGAUAGUGUUGCCAAUGCUUCCAAUGUGUCAAGCAAUAAUAAUAACAAUAAUACAAAACCUCGCCAAGAGAAACAGUAUGAUUACCUGCUCAAGUUUCUUCUCGUUGGAGACAGCGAUGUAGGUAAACAAGAAAUUCUAAGUGGCUUGGAGGAUGGUGCUUUCGAAUCUCCCUUUUGUAGCGGCAGUGCAGCAUACAAAACUACCACUAUAUUGUUGGAUGGGAAACGGGUGAAGUUACAACUGUGGGAUACAUCUGGUCAGGGUAGGUUUUGCACCAUUAUAAGAUCCUAUUCCAGAGGAGCUCAAGGAAUUCUCUUAGUUUAUGAUAUUACCAAUAAAUGGUCAUUUGAUGGAAUAGAUCGAUGGUUAAAAGAAGUGGAAGAGCAAGCACCCGGAAUACCAAAAGUAUUAGUUGGUAAUCGUCUUCAUUUAGCUUUUAAAAGACAAGUAAGUGAACGGGAUGCAGAGUUAUAUGCUGCAAAAAAUCGUAUGGCCUUCUUUGAAGUAUCGCCACUUUGUGAUUUUAAUAUACGAGAAAGUUUUUCUGAACUCUCUCGAAUGGCUCUUCAUCGUAAUGGAAUGGAACGUCUAUGGAGAUCUAAUAAAGUUUUAAGUCUUCAAGAAUUGUCCUGUCGUGCAAUUGUAGCAAGAACAACAGUAUACGGUAUAGAUCAAUUACCUUUGCCUGCUUCUAUAAAAUCUCAUUUAAAAUCUUAUGCCAUGACUACUGUACCCCAAUUACGACCGCGGCUUCACACUUCAUGUGGUAGCCGUACUCUCUGUACCAUUAAAGCCUUGAAUCUCGGCCAUCGUAAGCUACGAUUCGUAGCUGGAACGAGUCCUAACAGUGGUGGAUCCUCGACACCUGGUAGCUCACCAUCCGGAAGUAUUAAUGAUUCGCGUACAAGUUGCGUAGGUCGGAAUUCUUGCACAAUAUCUUGAUUAGAAAAAGCUUUCGGUUGCAUCUUUCCAUAUUUUGUUAUAGUGUUUAAUAAUGCACAUUGAUUUUCUUUAUUUCACACAAUGAAAUAUAAUUCAGCUGUGGCGUUAAUUUAGGUACUGAUAAUUUUAUGAAUGGGAAAGUUGUGAGAAACAAUGACAAUUUGAGAAUUUUAUUCUUUGCUAUGUCAAAUAAUUUUAUUUAUUAUUUUUAUAUUAUAAAU